AUGAAGUCCUUCUCCAUCGUCUCCAUCAUCGCCGCCGCGGCUGUUGGUCGUGUCGCUUCUCAGUCCACUGGCGAACUUGGUGAUGCCACCAUCGUCUCCAACCCGGCUGGUGUUGUCUAUGAGGCUGUCCUUCCCGAGAAGCCCUUCUACAAGGCCGGAUCGCUAGAGGGCAACGUCCAGGGCUCCAUCGUCGCCGUGACUGCCCCUGAUGGCAAGGGUGUCGAAUUCAAAGUCCGAUUCUCGAACCUUCCCAAGGAAGGCGGUCCUUUCACAUACCACCUCCACGUUGACCCCGUCCCCGAAGAUGGCAACUGCACCAAGACUCUCGCCCAUCUCGAUCCCUUCAUCCGCGGCGAGGCCACCAAGUGCGAUAGCUCCAAGCCCGAGACGUGCCAAGUCGGUGACCUGAGCGGCAAGCACGGCGCCGUCGCCGUCGACUACGAAAAGACCUACGUCGACCCUUACCUCUCCAUCGUCGAGGGCCCCGGCUCCUUCUUCGGCAACCGCAGCUUCGUCUUCCAUUUUGCCAACAAGACCCGCAUCAGCUGCGCCAACUUCAAGCUCAUCACCAAGCCCGACUCGCACGACAACUGCUCCACCACCACCGCGGCGACUAUGAGCGGAACCGGCGCCGCCCCUACCGCCACCUCUUCGCCGACGAGCUCCAUCGUGCCCUUCCCCGGUGCGGCCUCGACCAGCGGCGCUUCCAUCUCGCUCAUGAUUGCCGGUUUCGCCGCUGUCUUGUUCGCGCUAUGA